UUGGGCUUGCACAUGUACCAAUCUGGAUGUGGGGAAUAGCGGGAAAUGCAGUUCCCGGUAUACGGUGCUGGGCACAUCCUCAUCCUGCCAGGCUAGCAGCAGUAACUGCAGGCAGCACACAUCUUACGGUUACAGCACUUGCAGUUACUGCAGACAUUCCGUUCCUGAAAAAAGUUUCUUAUGUGAGCGGUGUUCCUGCACGUGUCCUACUACAGCGCCCGGCGUAGCUGCGCUGCGGCUAUUAGUAGCACAUAAUGCUGCUGUCAACCGUCUGCCUACACAGUGGGCGCGGACAUCCCGGGGGGAUGAUGAUGGUGAUCCUGUAGGAGGAGGCGGUGGGAGCGGCAGCGGCGCAGAGUGAGGGCAGACAGGGUGGGAGUGGCAGCCAGGGGGCGUCCUCAGCGCCGGAGCUACAGGCUGAGGGUGAGCAGUAGCAGGGAGCCACCAGCGUGGGAAAGCAUUGCAGAGCCGGGGGAUAGAUGCUGCAUGCGCGACUGGCGUGUUCUCCCACUCUCCUCCCAGCACCCGGACCCCGCGCCCGCACUGCCCCGCUGCCGGACCCCGCUUCCUCCUCUCCCCUGUCACACUGCAUAGCCCAGGGCUUUGUCAGCGCUGCCUCCGGGGAGGAACUGCUUCGGUCCACCCGUCUGAUCGCACCGACUCACCGGCGCUAGCUGACCAUGAAGAGGCCGUGCCCUGACAGCAGCUCGGACUCUGACCUGGAUGAGACCAUUGAUGUGGGCAGCGAGAAUAACUAUUCCGGCCAUAGUAGUGGGUCACUAAUUCGAUCAAGUUCGCCAACAACAACCUCCCAGAUCAUGGCCAGGAAGAAACGGAGAGGGAUUAUAGAAAAACGCAGACGAGAUCGUAUCAAUAACAGCUUGUCUGAAUUAAGGCGACUUGUGCCGACCGCUUUUGAAAAACAAUUUUGGUGUAAUUUUCUUGGUAUUGGCACGUGGAACCCCAAUAAGUGUACCACAUCCCCUCGCAUGGCUCACUUCGCUUCCCACCCUUCGGGCAAGGGAUCUGCAAAGUUGGAAAAAGCUGAAAUCCUGCAGAUGACCGUGGACCAUUUGAAGAUGCUACAGGCUACUGGAGGUUACUUUGAUGCACACGCACUGGCUAUGGAUUUCAUGAGCAUCGGUUUUCGAGAAUGUUUAACAGAAGUUGCAAGAUAUCUUGGCUCUGUUGAAGGCUUGGACACAUCAGACCCUCUCCGAGUGCGACUGGUUUCUCAUCUUAGUACCUAUGCCUCACAAAGGGAAGCGAUAGCAAUGACCUCAUCAAUGACACAUCACCAGCAUUCCCUGCAUCCUCACCAUUGGGCAGCAGCAUUUCACCAGCUUCCUGCUGCUUUGUUACAGCAAACUGGACUCUCUUCUGUUGAUAACCUACCUUGCAGGCUAUCCACAAACACAGAGCUGCCACCAAGACAUGGCUCUGCCCUGCUCACCGCUACUUUUGCUCAUGCAGAUGCUGCUCUUAGAGUGCCUUCUGUAGGCAGUGUGGCUUCUGGAGUUCCUCCACUUUCUACCUCCUUGCUGUCACUUUCAGCCACCGUGCACGCUGCAGCUGCUGCUGCUGCUCAUAGCUUUCCCCUGUCCUUUGCUGGAGCAUUCCCAAUACUUCCACAUGGAGCAGCAGCAGCAAUGGCAGCUUCUGCAACAGCCAUUACUUCUCCUUUGUCUGCAACAUCCAGUCCUCGGCAAACAAACUCCAGUACAAACAGUAAGCCAUACCGGCCUUGGGGGACUGAAGUAGGGGCAUUUUAACUUGCUGCUUUUUUAAGUGGAUUUAUGUAAAUCUUGUGUAGGAACAGUGCCCUCCGUAAAAUAAAAUAGUGUCUGAAAGGCACAAAUGAUUUGUGGACUUAUAGAAUACAUAACAAUGUUACUGUAUAUGUUACUUCUAGAACUUGGAUUUCACAAGCACUGUUACAUCUCUAAGACAGACUUAUUAGAGAGUUCACUUUAAUCUGUUGUUGGCUUCGCUACUCCACAUGUGUAACUUGGGACAAGCUGACCUGUUACUAGUGAUGUCCGUGUUACCUGAACACAGAACGUUUCUAUCCAAUAUUACUUUCCAGGUGGUGUACAUGGUAAGAUUGUUCCCGGGCCUAGAAGUUCCCACAGUAUCCCUGGAUAAUCUGAUGUCCUGUUUUCCUGUUUUACCAUAAUUAAUUUCAUGUAUUUUUUACCAACUGUGCCCGAUAUAAAUUCAGAACCUAAUUAUUGCUUAUAUAAAACUUCACAGUCAAUGCGGGAUUUACCUAGAAUCAAAAUCCCGACAACCGGUGACCGACGGUCAAAAUCCCAACAUGGUCAAAAUACAGACAAGGUCAAAUUACCGACAUUUAAAAUACUGACAAGGUCAAAUUACCGACAUUUAAAAUGUCGACAGGUCAAAAAAAUCGACUUGAGUUUUUUCAUGUUUUUUUUAAAAAAAAUUAUCGAAACCGACUUGUUCAUACUUUACCAUCCCAGUGGACCUGAAGGGGGACUUUAAUAGUGUGACGAUCGUAGCGAGGCACCGUGCCCAAAGCAUGGCGAGUGCAGUGGUACACUUAUACAGUGUCCAUUUCAACCUAUGUCAACAUACACACAAAAAACAAUGAAACUUGUGUCGACUUUUUGACCUGUCGACAUUUUAAAUGUCUGUAUUUUGACUUUGUCCGUAUUUUAAUUGUCGGUAUUUUGACCUUGUCAGUAUUUUGACCUUGUUGGGAUUUUGACCAUCGGUCAAUUGUUGUUGGGAUUUUGACCGUCAGUAUUUCAUACUGAUCUAGUCACUGUACCCAAAUCCACAGCUCUAAUAAAUUAGCAAUCACAAAGCAGAUGGUUUUAUAAUAUAUGUAGAAAUUGUCAGUAAUCACCAUUUCCUGGCCAAGUGUGAUUCCUAUUGUAGAGAGAGAGCGCUGUUCGUGAGGAUAUAAUUUUUUCAUUCAAUAAAAUGUAUUAUUUAACACUGAAAAUAAACCAACUUAAUAGACAUGAAUAAAAACAUAAAUAUAUACAUAUUUUUAUGUUUUUAUGUCUCUAUUAUGUUUAUGUUUUUUAAUGUCUAUUAAGUUUGUUAUCUGUAUUAAAUACAUUUUAUUGAAUGAAAAAGUAGUAUCCUCAUGGACAGUGCUCUCUUUUAUGCAUUUUAAUGAAACUAUUUUGUGGUACAGCGCCUCAAAAAUUUGUAGCUGCAGUCUGUGACGGUAAUAGUUACUUACAAAAAUAUAUAUUUGUGUACUUCACAUUGAUUUUAUUUUUGUAUUACUGUAGAGACAUGAUGUACAAAAAGGUUCUGAGCCACAAAUUAAGUUCUCUCAAUACUAUGGUUAUAUUUUAAAAGUAGUGAAAUUUAGUUUCUAGUUUUAUAUUAGUUCCUGAGUAAGGGAGCUCAUCCUGAGUUGUGCGCAAUUUCCUGUUCUGGUUACAUGAUAUUUCUUUAUCAAUACAAAUUACAGGUUGAGUUUCUCAAAUCCAGAAGUAUUUGAGAUUCUUUGCAUAUCAUAAUGAGAGAUCUUGGGGAUGGGACCCAAGUCUAAACACAAAAUGGAUUUAUGUUUCAUAUACACCUUAUACACAGCUUGAAGGUAAUUCUAUACAAUAUCUUUAGUAAUUUUGUGCAUUAAACAAAAUUUGUGUACAUUGAACCAUCAAAGAGCAAAUCUCAUUUGUGCUCAAAAAUUUGAGAGACUCAUCCUGUAAUACAAAUUAUUAAACUUACAUUAGAGCAAUAGAGUGAAACAUAAAAAAAAAACUUGAUUAAGAGCCAUAAUAACGCUUGGUAACAUUUAAGGUAAAAACAUUCAUGACAAACUUCAAAGUAUAAUAGACAAUUGAUUACAGAGCCUUGUUCUGAUAAUCUAAACCAGUAUCUCCAAACUUCAAGGUCCGUUAUUGAACCACCGUUCAGAAAUCUUUCUACAUGUACUGAAAAUUUGGAAACCACAAUAACAAACUUUGGUAUUUUUUGUUCUGUAUAAUAUUUGUUUUAAGGGCUGGACCCAUUUAAAAUACAAUGCUAGACAGAAAUGCAUUUGCACAAGGGCCAGGUAUGACGGCCCUAAACUAGUAAAUCUUGUGUAUUUUCUUGGGAGUAAUUUAAUCCAUUAACUGUCAAAUCUAAUUAUUCAAGCAAAUGUUCAUCUUCUUCUAUUUUCUUGUUCAUUGUUCUAGACAAAGUUUCCAAAACUUACUUCAUUUGUUUGAUUUAAUAGAAAGCAGAAGACUGAUCUUAGCUUAUUCAUUCCUAAAACAAAAUAUUUAAAGCAUGAAUCGUUAAGAAUGUCACACUAAGGACGGCCUUUGUUGUAUAUGUUUCAAACACACAAAAAAAAUUAAUUGAGUAAUGCUUACUACAUGGGAUAAGUAGAUUGGCAAAUAUUGUACUUGUUAAAUUAUGCACGGUAAUGAACGUCUCAUUAUUAGAUUGUCACAGUAUUUAAUAACAUUCAAGUAUGAGCACUUGUGUUAGCGCUCACGCCAAUACAUGCGAGCUGGAAGAUGCAGUCUUUAUAUUGAUGUCUUAUACUGUAAAAUGCAACUUUCAUCUUCCUUUGCUGGAGUGAUAGCUGUGCACAAACCAGAUGCAAGGCUUGCACUACCCGGAGACAGUUUUGUUUUGUUUUUUUAAGAGGGAUAUUUGAUUGUUGUAUUCCAUCCUACGUAACAAUUCUAAUGUGAUGUAAUAUUAAUUGGAGUUGCGGAAGGAGUUUAUGUAGAGCUAAUGAACCAACAUGACUAUAUCAAGUCGCGCAAAAAAACAUCCCGUGUCAGUGACCCAGUUAGUUCGCACAUCAGAAUUUUUCCCUUGUUUAAUACAAGUAUGUACUUUGUAAAACCAUAUGCAAAGAUAAGUGUCUCUUUUGACUAAUACAGUAUAAGACAAUUACUAGUAUUUAUAUAUAAAAGAUUGAGGUGUCUAUUCAUGAAGCCGUGAAAAGAGUGGAGAAGUGUGCCUGUGGAGAAGUUGCCCAUGGCAAUCAAUUAGCUGCUCAGUACAAUUGUAUAGUAUUCAAAUUAGAAAUGUUACUUCAAUGCUGAUUGGUUGCCAUGGGCAAAUUAUCCAUUUGUCACUUCUCCACACUUUCACUGCUUCAUGAAUUACUGCUUACUAAGAACUAGGAAGUCUGGUUCUUAUAUGAAUGAAGAGAUCUAAUAUAAUGUUGGCAGUGGAGGGGAAGACUGUUCCUUGUACACUAUAUACUUAUUUUGUGACACUCACUUAAUGGACACUGCAGUCAGCCUCUUUUCCUCAACAAUGGCAGAUAGUAGAGACAAAAGCUUGCACCGAGCUGCAGUAAAACAUAAAAACCUUGGGGGUAAUUCUGAGUUGAUCGCAGCAGCAAGUUUGUUAGCAGUUGGGCAAAACCAUGUGCACUGCAGGGGGGGGGGGGGGCAGAUAUAACGGGCAGAGAGAGAGUUAGAUUUGGGUGGGUUAUUUCACUUCUGUGCAGGGUAAAUAUUGGCUGCUUUAUUUUUACACUGCAAUUUAGAUUUCAGUUUGAACACACCCCACCCAUAUCUAACUUUCUCUGAACGUUAUAUCUGGGUUCCGGUAUGAAUGGUCGACCAUGUUAUGGUCGACCACUAUUGGUCGACAUUGACAUGGUCGACAUGGACACAUGGUCGACACAUGAAAGGUCGACACAUGAAAAUGUCGACAUGAGGUGUUUUUUUGUGUCGUCUUUUGCGUAAUGUGACUGGGAACCCCAAUUAGUGCACCGUGUUCGCUCGCCAUGCUUCGGGCAUGGUGCCUUCGCUCCGCUACCGCUUCGCUCGGCACAGAUUACCGUUCCAAUCGUAGUCCACGUGGAUCGUAAAGUAUGGAAAAGUCCCCCCCCCCCCCCCCCAAAAAAAAAGUUAAAAAACUCAUGGCGACCUUUUCAUGUGUCGACCUUUCAUGUGUCGACCAUGUGUCCAUGUCGACCAUGUCAAUGUCGACCAAUAGUGGUCGACCUAAUGACUGUCGACCAUAACAUGGUCGACCAUCUGAACGGAUACCGUUAGCCCAACUGCUAACAAACUUGUUGCUGCGAUCAACUCAGAAUUAGGCCCCUUGUCAGAGCUCUAAAAUAGAUCAAUCUAUGGCAACAUUUACGUAUAUGUUUGUGAAUAUUAAUUGCUGUUCUUUUAUAAGUCAACUUGUAUUUGAGGUUUAAUAUUCCUUUAAAAAGACUCUAAGGGGGAAUUCAAUUACUCACUGUAAAUUACUGUGGGUAAAAAGGGAGGUAGCCUUGGGCUUUAACAACCCCUGGCUAUUCAAUUGCACUUCCCUUUUCACCCAACAGUCUUGUUAACGCUUGUUUAAAUAAGCGUGUUAAUGGGUGAAUCUGUGAAACAUUCAUGGAUGCGCGUGUUAAUAGAGUUGUGGUAUCCGUUAACCUGCAGGUUAUCUGAUUAUUUUUUUUACCCGCCUCUAUUCAGAGGUGUAAAAAAAUAAAUCCCCUGUAAGGGCUGCUGGCAUUGCCUAAUUGAAUAUCCCCAGAAAAUUACUUAGUUUGCAGUAAAUUGCUGCAGCUAAUUGAAUUCCCACCUAAAACUUCAACAGUUACAGCACAUACUAAUUUUGAUUAUUUGAAAUAUGCUUAUUAUACUGAUAACGGCAAAAGAAAGAUUGUCUGUCUUCCAUUCAUGCACUCCUGUUUUAACUGAAAGCUAACGUCCAUUCCCUAGAAAAGCCUUCAUAAUGUCAUAUAGACUAGAACAAGUGCCCCAAAGGCCCCUGGAAUAAGUUUUUUGGGUUCCCCAGAUCAUUACAUGCAAAAUAUUCUAUUGGGGAUAUUCUUUUGGGAUCUGCCUCUUUUGGACUCCCAGGACAAUGGGGAUUAAGCUAAUAAAAAAAUAAAAAAAGAUUUUUCACUACUUGUGUAGACUUCAGAAACCACCAAAAUAUAAUCAUCCGUGUGGCUAUUGAUCUGUCUUCCUUCCCCGCGGUGCUUGCUAGAUGUACAUGUGAAGCAGGUCAUGUAUUGUUUAUAACUGAAAAAAAACACAGCAUGUUUCAUUAUGCUCCUCAUUUCUCUGCUGUGUGGAGAAUGCAAUAAAUGUUAAACAUUAUGCAAGCUAUACUUAAAAUAUUUGUUUUAUAAAUACUGUGCACUAGUAUUUAGCUGUUUAUUUUGUGCAUUACUUUGUAACCUUUUCUAUGCCAACAAAAAAAACAUAUUUACAUAUUAUUGAUUAAAUGAAGUAUUUUUAUUUACUGACAA